UGCUCUGCUCUUGUUUUGUUAAUAAAUUUAUAUGUAGUAGCGAACUUCAGCACAGUCGCAGUUCACAAAAGGCAAUGCACAAAAUUGGACGUUCGUAGAACACCCGCGUUUAUGCAAAAGUUAUCGUGAUCUUACUCGUACCGGUUUCUCAAUAAUUUAUUGUCUUUUCUGUAUAUACACACAUACCUGUAUAUACUCGUAUUAUCACAUGCGCAGUGCGGUUCAAAGUACAAUAGUAUCUACUUCACCGGAAUUAAGUGAAAAUGUUCGUGCUUCUCCUCUUUUUACUGCUGGGUACAACACUCUUCUGGUUGACCAAGCAACAAUACUCUUAUUGGAAUCGUCGCAAUUUUCCAACCGAUCCUGAUCCGCAAAUUCCCUGCGGUUGCUUGAAAUCAGUGGUUAAGCAUGAAAAAUCUAUGGGUGUGGCAAUUUACGAUGCUUACCUCAAGGCAGCGAAAUUACCAUUUAUUGGUGUUUAUUUGCUCUUCCGACCGGCCGUCUUGAUACGUGACCCAGAGUUAGCGCGUCAAAUACUCACACAAGAUUUUAAUAGUUUUCACGAUCGCGGCAUUUAUGUGGACGAGAAGCGCGAUACCUUGUCAUGCAAUUUGUUUAGUUUGCGCGGUCAAAGUUGGCGAUCAUUGCGUCAAAAGUUGACACCUUCCUUCAGCUCGGGUAAAUUGAAAGCAAUGUUUCACACGUCCGAUGAUAUUGGCAAUAAAAUGGUUGCACAUCUGAAUAAAGUAUUGCCGGAGGAGGGUAGCGCGGAAUUGGACCUGAAAGAUAUACUUGUGACCUAUGCUAUCGACAUAAUUGGAUCUGUUAUUUUCGGUUUGGACAUCAACAGCUUUGAGAAUCCAAAGAAUAAGUUCAUAUGCCUUGUACACAAAGCGCGGCGCAACAACUUAAUAAAUGCCAAUAUUGGAAUGUUAGUCUUCUUGUGCCCAUCCCUUGUGCAAAUCAUGACACGUUUGGGCUUCACAAUUGAUUUAGCUGUGGGGUUGCGUGAAAUAAUGAAAGAAACGAUUGAAUAUCGUGAGAAGCAUAACAUAGUGCGCAAGGACAUGUUGCAGUUGAUGAUGCAGCUGCGUAAUACUGGCAAGAUCACCGAGGAUGAUGACAAUUGGAGUGCCAAGCCCAACGCAGCUGUUGGCGUAGAAAAAGAAUUCACGUUAGAUCACAUAGCCGCACAGGGUUCCAUUUUCUACCUUGCCGGCCAGGAGACCACCAGCUCAACAGCUGCUUUUACCAUUUUCGAAUUGGCUCAAUAUCCAGAACUGCUUGAACUUGCGCAGAAAGAGGUGACUGAAGUACUGGCGCGUCACGAUGGGCAGUUGAGUUAUGAUGCUUUGCGCGAAAUGUCAUUCCUGGAGUUGUGCUUACAAGAAACUAAUCGCAAAUACCCGUUGCCCUUCUUGAACCGUGAAUGCACACAGGACUACACCAUACCCGGCACCAACCAUAUCAUCGAAAAGGGCAUACCCAUCCUUAUCUCUUUGCUGGGUAUAUUUCGCGAUGCGCAAUACUUUCCAAAUCCAAUGACAUACGAUCCACACCGCUUCUCGCCCUCAAGUCCCAAUUACAAUGUAAAUGCGUAUAUGCCUUUUGGCGCUGGACCACGACAAUGCAUAGCUCUGCGUAUGGGCAUGUUGAAUUCAAAAUUGGGCGUUGUUAAAAUCUUACAAAAUUUCAACAUUGAAAUUAUGAGCAGACGUGAAAUUAUCAUCGAUAAUCACUCCGUGGGUAUUCAAUCAAAGGGUGGUGUAAAAGUACGUCUCUCAAAGAAAACACAAACCACAAAAGAAUAGCAGGCUUCAUGUU